AUGGCUGGACGGAAUGAUUGUGCAAUAGCGGAUGCCCUUCAAGCCUUAGCUCAUGCUAUAGGGAAUCCAAAUAGGGGAGAAGCUAGUGGAGCUGUUGAGUACCAAGGGUUGGACCGCUUCCAACGAAACAACCCUCCUUCUUUUAAUGGUGCUCUGAACUGGAUAAGGGAAAUUGAGAAAAUUUUCCGAGUUAUGGCAUGUCCGAAGGGGCAAAAGGUUGCUUUUGGUGCAUAUAGUCUAGUGGAAGAGGCUGAGUAUUGGUGGGAGAAUACUCGCCAAUGCCUAGAGGCUGAAGGUCAAGAUGUGACCUGGGAUGUCUUCAAGAGGGUAUUUUUGGAGAAAUACUUUCCCGAGGAUGUUAGGAACAAGAAGGAGAUGGAGUUCUUGGAGCUUAAGCAGGGAAGCAUGACCGUUGCUGAAUAUGUAGCCAAGUUUGAGGAGCUGCAAGCUGUGAAUUACCAAGGUGUUCGUCAGUUCCUACUUUUGGUUAACAUGUGUCAAAUUUGGGAUGAAGACUCCCGAGAUAUGGUGACCUAUUAUAGGAGUACAGGUCCAAUGAGGAACAAAAAGAAUGGCCCUCAACAUCGAGGAAAACCAUAUUCGACUCCUCCUAAGCAAUAUGGUAAUCGCCAUGACAAUCAGAGGACUGCUGCUAGGGGAUUUGCAGGUGGUAGUGGUAGCAAACCCAAUACUUUCCCCACUCAUAUCAUUUGUUACAGAUGUAGGAAGCCAGGGAACAUCUCUUCACAUUGUCCAGAUAACGAUAUGAUCUGUUUUAAUUGUGGACAAAAGGGACACACUCAAAGAGAUUGUUCACGACUCAAGAAAGAGCAAAAUGGUGGAGGCCACGGGAAGAGUCUUUACCCUUAA